AUGGCAACAAUCAGAAGGAAACCGGUCGCCGCGGCUGGCGCGCAACACCUCGACAACCCACCCAGGCGAGCUGAGUCUUCUCAACGCUAUCUUCAAGCUCCUCAAGACGACGAGUACGAUGAUCUCGAGCAAGAUGAAGAUGUCGACGCUCCUACCUUGGCUCCCGGCCCUUAUAGAUCUCGGCAAUACUAUCCGGUCCCCCGCGAUGGAGAGAUAGACUUUACCGACGUGCAACAGUCAAUGUCGCCAUUACGCCCAAGUGAGGAAGAGCUUGCAGACGGGGGGCGGCCCUAUGUGUCUUCUUCUAGCUCCUCCAGCCGCCACAUCAAGGACGCGACCUCGAAUCAGAGCUCGUCGUGGUCACAAGGCCCGCCCUUGGGCAGAGACGUCAGGUUCUGGAUCCCUUUGUGGCUAACAAAGACAGUCCUGGCUAUAUUCGCAGUCGUUUUCUUCUUGAUGCUCCUGGCCACUGCCCUCCUAUUUCAUUUCUCCCAAAAGAACAAUGGUAUCGGGGUGCAGAAGGAAGUUAAUCACUAUGCCUGGAAAUACGGCCCAACCGCCCUGCUAGUCGUUGUCGGCGCGCUUUGGCGACAGGUGGACUACGCCAACAAGAUCCUCAUGCCAUGGAAAGAGCUCAGCGACGGCCCGACAACGGCUGAAAAAUCUCUUCUCCUGGACUACAUCUAUCCUCUUCUGCCCACGAGCCUUUGGAUGGCGUUGAAAAACAAGCAUUGGGCUGUAGCAAUGUCGAUCAUUGGCCACCUGUUGAUUCUAGGUACAACCGUCUUUUCGACCGGCUUGCUGAUCCUGGAGCCGACCGAGAUGUCGCAAGAAAGCAGCGAGUUCAGGAUCAAAAGUGAAUUCAGGCUGAACGGACCCUGGAACUACACUCUACUUCGCAACAUUGGUCCUGCCGCGACUCAGUUGUACUACGGUAUCAAUUUCCGAGGCCUUCAGUUUCCACAGGGGACAUCCGAAGACAUACUGAUCCCAACGUUGGAGACGCCAAUCGACCACAGACUAGGUCACGUCAAUUUCACCACUUCUCUUGAGGGCAUUAAGAUCGACCUUGACUGCGAACUGUUACCAUUGAAGAACGGAUCCGCGGUCAGCAUGCCCUGGCGAAGCAUUCUCGCGGAGUUUUUCGUUACAGACAUUGAGACCUCGGACUGCAAGAUCAAAGGCGUGCCUGUCGCCGAAGGCCCCGAUCAUGGCUACUACCACCAGAAGAACGCGACCCAGAACUAUCAGGCGCAAAUGGAGACUUUCCCCUGCAAUGUCGACUGGGACUUCAGCCAGUACCCUGGUAGAACCAACGCCUCUUAUAUCAACAUGAUGACAAACAGCAGCCUCGACCAGCGAGUCUUCAUGUCUGUCGCUGAUUUGCGUUUUGCGGCCCACAAUUCCAGCUAUGACCGUCCAAAAUACCUUUACAUAAACAAGCUCACAGGGGCACUUUGCAAACCCACAUACCAAGUCAAUCAGUAUGAUGUCCACACCUCUAGUGCCCUGAACGGCUCUGCCUUGGCUGUCACAUCGACCGACCAUGUCAAAGGCCAACAGGUGGAGGGGCUUUCGAGCGGUGCGCUGGGCCUGGCUGUCCUUCAGAGUUCGUGGACUUGGAAAUUGGGCACGGGCGGGCAAGACUACGUCUUGUCUGAGCAAGUGCCCACGUUCUUCCAGCUCAUGACACUGAAGAGCCAUAGCUCGACUAUUGGUGACUACAUGGAUGGAGACUUACUCAUAAAAACCGGCGCCAGCGUUUUCAAGGGGAUUGCCACACAGAUUCUACACUUGUUGGCCGUCCAGCCAACCGACCGAAACGUAACAGGUGAGAUUCGGUUCACGGAGGAUCGCCUGAAGGUAAAGCAGCUCUCCACGGGCUUCAUGUGCUCCUUUCUCGGUUCGCUCGUCAUCAUCUCGGCGGGAAUGAUACUUGUCAGGCCCCAUUCCGCGACCCCUCACGAGCCAGGCUCUUUAGCCGCUACAACGACCAUUCUCGCAUCCAGUCCAGCGCUGCAGCAGCUUCUGGCGAGCGUGGCGAACUCACCGCAGAGUGUCAUCCAGCGAUCACUGUGCGUAUUCGCGUUCCGGAGUACUGCGACAGAGUCCAAUGGUGCCAUCUGUUUCGAAAUUCACCCAAAGCAGUCUAGAGAAAGCGAUAUGGAGCGAGUUGCCAAGGACGACAGCCGUCGUGAAGUUAGCUGGUGGCGUCCUGUUGCUGGAACACAGUGGUUCUUGGGUCUGGCCGUGUUACUCCCCCUGUCAAUCAUUGCGGCGCUCGAGAUCGUUCAGCACUUCUCCAACACGCAGAAUGGAUUCGUCGAUGCCGGAGCAAAUAACGCGCUGGUAUUCGCAACAUACAUCCCGGCGGCGGUAGCCCUCGGCGUGUCCAGCAUGUACGCAGGCUUGGAGCUCCUGGCCGCCAUUUUCGCGCCGUAUGUGGCCCUUAAAGGAGGCUCGGCUCCCCCUGGCCGAUCCAUAUACACGAAUCUUGUCGGGAAGCUGCUCCCUGUCGCCAUGUUUACGAGCCUGAAAGCUCGUCAUUUCGCAGUCGCCGUGGCACUUCUCUCCAACUUCAUCGGCGGAUUCUUGACUAUUGUUGUGUCUGGUCUCUACAGCGCAUCUGAUGUGCCAUUGACCGAGCAUGUCGACGUUCGCCAAUUGGACAACUUCAACUUCACGGGCGUCGAUCUCUCUCUGAAUGACAAUCAAGCCUCGGCAAUCGACAGUCUGAUUGAAUUUCUUGAUCUCGAUUAUACACAAUGGACGUAUAGGAAUCUCGUCUUCAACCAUCUCAAUCAGUCAACGGUCUCGCUCAGAAACGCGAGCGCUGAUGCACCCUUGACCGUCAAUGUUCCAGCCACAAGAGCUGUACUUAACUGUACCCGCGUCCCGACUGGAUUACGUCGAAUAACCUUGGUUGAUACCAGCCAAGACUUGAAUAUGAUGAGGACCUUACCUGGGGGGAAUGGGUUCCAAAAUCCCAAGUUUGGGAGAAUGUACGUUGGCUUCAAUACGACGCUCAAGCCUUCAGACUGGUGCGAAAACCCACCAAAGUCGAAUAGUAGCGAGUGGACUUGGAUGCAGUAUUUCAGCAUUCCAAAUACGACUGAGUUCGCAUACAUCGGCAAAGCAUCCACCAUGAUAUGGCAGAACAACAUGGUGCGGGGGGAUGGACCAGUUGACACCAACCCAACAUUGGGAUCUGGAAUGGGUGCCAGCGGCAUUACGAUACCGGACAAUGGGUGUCCGAGCUUCGCGAUUACUUUGGGCCUGAUUAGGGCGAAAUCCGCCAGAAAGGUUGGAACCGAUACGCGGUGGGAAUUUGAGCAAAAUCUGGAAUCUCUUUUGUGCUACCAGCAUGUUGAAGAGGUCAGGUCGAACGUUACAUGGCACCUCCCGGGCUUCGAAAUCGAUCCCAAGAACCCGCCCAUUGCAGAUGAAAAUACCAACCGAAAGCAAAAGACGGAGAGGGGGGGUCAAAGAUUCCCGUUUGCCGUGAACUCUUUCCUGAUGGGACUUAGUGAUUCGUUCUUUAAUAGGACCAUUCCGGGGCCUGGAAAGACGGAUCCGUGGAAUAAUGACGUUGAUCAGUUCGUCAACGCCUUGGUCAAUGCCAAGGGAGGCCAGGCCAUAGAGAAACUCAUUGGACGAGAUCAUACCGAUGACCUGGCCGCGGCCGCCAACCGGCUCUAUGGCGUGUAUAUGGCGCAAGCUAUUUCACUGAAUAUGCGGCAGGGACCCGCCGAUGGUAAAUCACAGCAGAUGCCAACCUACGGCGGCGUCCUCACGACGUCAGGGCGACUACGCCUUCAUCAAAACAACGGUCCGAAGAUCGCUCUGCAGGCGAUGUUGGCAGCUAUGGUCAUCUGUGCGAUUGCGUCAAGAUGGCUGAUGAGAGUCGGCAAGGUACUCCCUCACGACCCGUGUUCAAUUGCUGGCAAGGCAGUGCUGCUGGCAGGGGCGGACAUGGCGACACGACAAUUUGCACCUCCGGGCGAGGAGUGGAGGCAGUCUGCAAGGCUCCGCCGUGGUGGUGUAUUCAAUCACAGACUGUACAGUCUCAGAUGGUGGGGGGAAGGCGAGAAAGCAGUCGGAGGCAGACCGCGGUAUGGCAUUGAUGUGGAGGGGAUUUGA